CCUCCUGUCGUUGCUUCGCAACACGGCCUUUUUGUUGUUGUGGUUGUUGUCUUUUUGUUUCUCUGACUUGACACUGAGCAUGAACAUGUUCAGAAGGGACCGAGGCUCUGCAGUCCAAACCCCAGUGGUCCCACAAAGACCCAGCGAGGAGGAUCUAGACAAUCCCAUCACACACAGCCUGAACAAACAGGAUGAAGGAAUGAACGCAGCCUUGCCGGAAAACAACGAGGUCACAAAUGAACUUUACCCAAAGACCAAGAGGACUGGGGUCAUGGGAGUUAUGCAGAAGGUCAAUCCCUUCAAGUCUAGCUCACAGGGUUCCUCCACAGUCAGUAAAGCUCCCUCUUCAGAGUCACUAGAACAGGGAACAGAAUCCACACAGAACCCUGGUGUGCUGAAAGGGGUCAUUCAGAAGGUCAACCCAUUCAAGUCUACAUCCCAGGUCUCUAAAGCUCCAUCUUCAGACUCACUGGAACAGGGGAGGGUUUCAGACUCUAAUCAGAACCCUGGUGUGUUGAAAGGUGUAAUGCAGAAAGUCAACCCCUUCAAGUCUUCCACACAGGUGCCAAAGAGUGAUCCUCAAGAUGACUGUGCGGAUCCACAAGAGACUGUAAAAGAACUUCGGGCCAAACAGAAUCCAGGGAUGAUCGCGGGAAUGAUGCAGAAAGUAAACCCAUUCAAAUCCUCACAGCCAAAGGAAACCCAGCCUCUCCACACUGACCUUUACUCCAGCAAUGGAAGCCUAGCAGACAAUAACAACUUGCCAGAGAAGCAGAACCCCGGGACAUUCAAAGGGAUGAUGCAGAAAGUAAACCCCUUUAAGUCUAACACACAGGUGCCAGUAGAUGAAUGUCAGACAGACUCUGCAGUUUCCACUACAGGCUCCUCGUUCAGGACGCAGGAAAACCAAAGUAUUUACAGUGAGCACUCCUCCAGCUCUGAAAGCUUGGAUGACAGCACCAUAGAGAGACAUUCUAUUUGGUAUACUGAUGGUGACACCAGCAGUGAGGUGAAAAAUCAGCCAGUGGAGGCGCCAAAGAAACAAACUAUGACUUUCAGAAUACGGAGGAUUCUGCCAAGUGCAUUGUUUGGAUCUGGAACAAAGGGCUCUACAGCAGCACCGUCUGACAUUCAGGAGUUACCCCAGGAGGCUGUUGAAUUUCAGACGCUACAAAUGGCUGAAGUACCAGUGCCCAGUGAAGGAACAGUCCUUGACCCUCUAGACGAUGAAGAAGGCCUUUUGGCGUGGUGGAAAACAGUAGAGGGAUGGGAUGAUUGGAAUGAGGCAAAACAGAAUGAUGAAGCUGAAGAAGUCGUGGAACAAGCAGCGGAUCGUGUCUUCAUGUCGGCUCGUCUUUUUGUUCGCUUUUUCAACCAGCGUGGAGCUUCGCUCCAGCAGCGCAUCUUGGAGCUCCUCGCUUUGGCUGACUCAGCUGACUGUUUUCAUAAGAAAACAGUCAAAGCCAGCAUAGGCGGUGGCGUGGCCAGCGUCGCAGGGUCUGUCACUACUAUCACCGGCCUCAUUCUGGCGCCCUUCACAGCAGGAACCUCCCUCAUCGUCACAGCUGUAGGCAUUGGUGUAGCUACAGCAGGUGGGGUUGCGUCUGCCUCGGCCAACAUCACAGACACAGUCCAUUCAAAGACGGACCGCAAGAAGGUGGAGAAGAUGAUCCAGGACUACCAGGAGGAGAUGAAAGACAUCAAGGAGUGCCUGGAGUUUUUGCAGGAAGGGAUGGAGACACUUGAGGAGUGGAACUUUGAGAAGUAUGCUGAAAGCAUCUCGAAGAAGCACCUAAACCAGAAUGUUAAGCAUGUAAUGAAGGAGGGCGGCCGAGCCGGCAAGGCUUUAGUGAUCAACACGGAGAGCCUGAUUAGCACUGUCCAGGUCCUCAGUGUUGCAGGUGGUGCUGCUAAAGCCACCCAGGUGAUAAGCGUCACCACUGGAGUUAUGUCAGGUCUCUUCCUGGCUCUCGAUGUCUUUUUCCUAGCAAAGGACUCCAUGGAGCUGAAAAAGGGCGCCAAGACUGAGUUUGCUGCCAAAAUCCGAGAAGUUUGUAAGGAUCUGCAGGACGGGCUGCUGGAGCUGAACCGCAUCAAAGAACAGCUGCAGAAAACCAUGGAUGGGAUAGAAGUGGAGGUAGAGGAAGAGGAUGAAGAGCAGUUGAAGUCUGAUCUGAAAAAACUUGUGGAGCUUGAAGAAUGAAGAAACGACAGUUAAAAUCCAAACCCAAACCUCAGUCUUAAUCCUAAAAACAAACACACAAAAAACUCUUUGCUUCAAUUCAAAAAUUAGGUUUCAGCGGGACUGUUAGUCUUGGUAGUUUGUCAUUUUUACAAUUACUGAAUUAUUACUCUACCAUACCUGCCAUGUUGUUAGUUUCAAUUUCAAGUAGCUGUUUUAUAGUAAUAUUUUAAAUAUUUAUAUUCUAUGAAGUAGAAAUUUUAAUUAUGCAUUGAACUAGAAGUUACUAUAUUGUCAUUGUGAUUGUCAUUUGUUUUAAAUUAAUGUCAGCUUCU